AUGGCCAGACCCGCUGCCGCCGAGCUGGCCUCCUCGCCCCGAGACGUGAGCCGCAACAGAGCCGGCAGCCUGGCCGAGCGCGUGGGCCGCAACUCGCUCUGGGGCUGUGAGCUGAGUCAGGACAAGCGGACGUGGACCUUCAGAGCCCAGGGCGAGGGGAAGCAGGACUGCAAGGUGGUGCUGAGCACGAUUUGCUUGGGGGAAAAAGCCAAAGAGGAGAUGAACCUCGUGGAUAUCGUGGUAGCCGGGAACAAAGAGGACAAGAAGGCCAAGCCGGUCACCGUGGCCUCUCUUCAGCCCUCGGUGCUGCCCACGGUUAUCCUACCCGAAAUGUUUCUUUCUCCUCCAGUCACCUUUCAGCUGCGGGCUGGCUCUGGACCCGUGUUCCUCAGUGGCAUGGAAUGUUACGACACUUUAAAUGUGUCCUGGGAGGAGGAGGAGGAGGAGGAAGAAGAGGAGGAGGAAGAGGAGGAGGAGGAGGAAGACACCCAUUUAGUCCUAGAAGAAUCCCCUGUCAAACCCAUCAAGAGGUCAGGACCUCAGAAGCAGAGCAGUGUGGCUAAGAAGAAAAAGGUGUGCAGUGAUGAGGAAGCAGCAAGGCCCAAGGACAAGAGCCCAGUGAGAAAGCUCUCCAGAUUCCGCAGGACCUGGGGGGUAAAGGGCCCUAUUAAAGUUUGCUUUGCCAAGACCUUGUCUCUCCCCUCCUUCCGGGGGCAACCUUCUUGCUGGCUGCAGUGA